GUCACCUCCUACGUUGAGUCGUAAUGAUAACGCGUCUUUCGUCACGUUCACUUAUGCAUUUAUCCCGAUGUGAAAUAUGCAGGAUAGGUACAAUGAGAUAGGCUUCGCUCAGCAGAUCCUCGGCUUGAAUUUAGUCCCGAGGAAAAACAGCACCCUGCGAGGGAACGACACCUCCCUCAGCGACUUCUCAGAGAUGUGGUACGGCAUGUUCCUGUGGGCGGCGGUGUCCUCUGUCAUCUUCCACCUGCCUGCCGCCCUGAUCUCCCUCGCCACGCUGCGGCAGCAUAAGAUCGCCAGGUUCAUGCCCAUCGCCAUCCUCCUGAUGGGAGUUCUGGGACCAGUGUGCGGGGGGGUUCUCACCAGUGCCGCCAUCGCCGGGGUGUACAAAGCGGCAGGGAAGACGAUGAUGUCCUUCGAAGCGUUUGUUUUUGGAGUGGGACAGUCCUUUUGUGUCGUCAUCAUCUCGUUUCUCAGGAUACUCGCCACCCUUUAGCAGCGCUGGGCUUGUCGCUUCGCUCCUCCCGU